AUGGAUAUUUGUAUAGGUUCAAGUCUGCACAAUGGUAAACCAGUUUUUUCCUACCAACUGCCCAAAAAUUCAAGAGGGUCUCCCAAGUUCAAUGCCAUUUCAUGCAGAGCAAUGUCUGAGAAGGCUAGUGAAAACGAGAGUGCCAAUUUGUACAAGGUACUUUCUCUGAGUUCAAACAAUGCAGGGAUUGAUGAGAUAAAGAGAGCUUAUAGAACUAUGGCUCUGAAAUACCAUCCUGAUCUCUGUCAUCCUUCCAUGAAGGAUGAAUCAACCCGAAUGUUUGUUCGAGUGAACGAAGCUUACAAGACUCUGAUCGAUCGUGUUUCACGCGAAGAGUACGAUUAUGAGAUGGGUUUGAGCAGUUGUGGACGGACUUAUAAGAUUGAGAGAGAUGAUCAAGUUUCAAGAAAGAGGUGGGAAGGCCAGAUUAUCGAGUUGAGAAGAAGAUCCGUUUACCGCGAAGAGCAGAAAGAUGGAUCAUGGGGCAGUAGAGCUAGGGCUCGGAAUAGGCCUUGUGCAGAAAUUUGAUGGCUUGAAUUUGUUUGCCAAUUUUUUGAUGCAUUCAUCUUUUCAUCUACUUUGGAAUUCUUUCAUUGUUUUAUUUAUUUUAUUUUUUUAUCAAACCCAUUCUACUUAGAUGUCACCCCAACUUGGUCAUUAUUGUUAUUAUGAGUUUUUUGAAUCAAUCUUAGAGU